CAGAGCCAGAGCUGACAGCGGCAGAGGAGGCUGCAAGAAGAGCGGGACCGUGGCUCCAGGUCUUUUGGAAGAAGCAAGUGCAGCGUGGCUUCACCAGCUCAGCAUCCUUAUAGUCUCUGUGCAGCCCAGGCCCUGGAGAAAGGGGCAAGUUCUUCCCAAGGAAAAUACAAAAACAUACGAAGCCAAUCUGCAGAUAAUUGUGGGUGGAAAUGCUCUGGAAAGGUAAAUGGCUUUAUAAAGCUGAAAAACUUGAUGGUUUGGAUUUAUUUGCUGUUUCCUUUCCUCAUGCCCUACUUAGAAUAGGCCAUCCCAUCCGAGGACUCCUGUUGCUGAUGUGUGUACCUUGCUAGGUUUCUAACUUCUGAGCAAAAAGUUGCAUUGUUGGUUAACCUGUAUUUCCCGCCAAAUCAGGUUCAAGCAGUUGUUUGAUGCCCCAAUGCUAUUUCUGACCCUCAUUUUAGGCCCUUGUGUCUCUCUGGGUGUGGAGUGGGUGGGAUGCUUUGCUCUUGUCAUUCAAUGAAUGCUUAGGGUUGUUCUGCUCAUCCUGUUAGGGGACCGAAAAAAAAUCUCAGUAUGAAAUAGGCUGGAAAAAGAUGAUGCAAAUGGCACAGCUUGCUGCUAGAGACAUUUAGGUAAAUCCCAACUUGUUUUAUGUCCUGCUGGAAACCUCUGUGGAACCUCUUGGUCCUCUUGUCAGGGUUUCGGCUGCUUCUGCUGUCAGGCCAUUGGCCAGUCUUGGUCCAGUUAUUUACAGAAUCCCAGGCAGUGGUCUUUCCACCAGGAAUUGAAUCUUUGUGCACAUGGGGUGUGUGCUCUGACUGCUGCUGAGCUAUGCUGGUCUUUCCAUUGAUGUUCUCUGUGUCAAGCCAGAAUUUCAUUUUGUAAAUAAAUUCUAUUAAGGUUUAUAGAGGAAAAAUGCAAAACAUAAUCUCUCUCCCCCCCCCUUUUUUAAACCAAACUGUCAAGCCAGAAUUUCAGAUCUUCUCUAUGAGUUGUUUUGUUAGGGAUGUGCUAAAUCAAGGCUCGGGGCUGGGAGUUAGUUACCAGACACAACUGGAGAGGUUUAUUUGCAGCUCUGUGAUUUUUAAAUUAAUAACAUCUGUGAGACAACAUUGAUGCAAUAAUAAUGUCUUCUUACUUAAGAUCAAGAAUUUGGUGUGCCUAUCGCACCAAACAAAAACCCUUUCGAGGUUUCUGUGUUCCGUCUGUCUGUCUGUCUCAUACAUGCCCAGAGGAUAAAGUCUGGGGUGACGGUUCUUGUUCUGUGAAGAAGCCAAGGGAGACAGCUUGUUGAGAUCCUUAUUUCUCAGCCAGCCAUAUUUUGGUUGAGUGGAUGAUGUGAUUUGGUGUGCACAUUUUUUUUGCUGUUUUCACUGCCACUGGGAUUUUGUAUUCUUUGGUGGUUACUUUAUUAUUCUCUGGCACAAAAAAACAACAAUACAAGAUGGGAGUAUCUGUCUUUGAACAUUCAAGAUUCUCACCAAAUUUAACGUCUGCUGUGCUAAUUCUUAAAGUGGGCUAGUGGGUCUGUAAGAAAUAGCAUUAGAUUUGUAAAAAUUCUGCCAGCAUCCCCCCUUGCUCUGGUAGAUGUCCUGCACCUUACAAGAUGUGAUUUGUGUUCUGGGGUGUUUACUUUUGCUUUUAUUUUUGCAAGAAUCACUAAAGCACCAAUGUUUGCGUAGGGCCCCUUUGAACACAGGGGAACUUCCUUUGAGUAAAAAAUGCAUAAGGUUGUGAUGUGAUUCCGUUUCCAGCAUAAAUGGUGUUAAGUAUUAAAAUACAACAUCGCAAUGAGAUUUGGAUGCCUGGGUAUUCCUUUUGUGCACUUUUUUUAAGUUCAUGGAUUUUUUCAAUGUUCUUUAUCAACCAGGCAGCCCCAAAGAGCAUUCGUGGCAAGAGCUGCAGUGAAUCAGGAUCAUAGUGAACCACUGGCCAGCUGUAGAUUUCCCUGGAGGCAUCCUACUACCAGCUCAUUCCUCAUGACUGCUCCACCCUCCCUGCUUGGGGCUAGGUGAUGAAGAUGGAGGUUCUGCGCCGCUCUUCUGUCUUUGCUGCAGAAGUCAUGGAAGUGUUUGAUCGGACUCCUACAGACAAGGAGCUUGUAUCGCAGGCCAAAGUGCUCUGCAGAGACUUCAUUCACUCCAGGCUGAUUCGGGCUGGAAUUGGCUGGAACAAGCCUGAGCAAAGCACACCUGUUCCUGGUGGCAAGUUAGCAGAAGUGUCCAACAUACUUCUAAGAUUAGGUAAGUGCUGAAACUGUCAGUGCCUCUGUGAGGGUGGCAGGUUGGAUUCCUGGGAUUUCUGCCUGGAUCAGGAGGAAGAUGCUGUUGAGUGAAAGGCUCGGCAAACAAAUCCCCCGCAGUCGUGCUAAUUUCUGGUAGGGCAUCCAGGUGAAGGGUGUUUGGUCAUAUUUCUCUAAAACUGCUCAUGCCUGUAGAAUCAGAAGUGUGUGGUAUGCUCAGCCCAGACUUCUGGACCUCCUCAUUGCCCAUGAGUGCUUGGAAAAAAAAGUGAUGACAAUAUGUGAACAGACAUAGUUUUAACUGUGAGUCCACUGGGGAAGUGAACUCGUUGCAGUUUAGACAUUGUGGGAUACAAAUUUUAAACAUCAUCAGCAUCAGAAACAUAUAUAUCAUCUUCCUAGGAUUGAGCAUAGGCGAAAUUUGUUUUCCUUGUUUGCAUCACUGAUUGGCCAUCCAGUAUGCAUUUAUAAAGCCACUUCCUCUGUUCAUAAAGCAGGGCUGUGCACAGAGCUGAUUGGCUGGUCUUUGUGUCAAUCAUGCAGUCAUCACUACCCUUUCUCAGGGCACAUUUAAAUAUAAACUUUUUAAAAAGGUAGAAAGAAAGCAAGCCCCAACAAACAAUCAAAUAGCUCUGCAAAUAAUUAAAAAACAAAAAUACGCCCCCUUGGAACAAGGGGAAGGGUGGAAGUAACAAUCAGCCUACUCUUUGGAACUUGACAUGUGUGUCCAUUUGAGGAAGGAAGGAUGGGAGCAGAUAGAGUUCACUCUGCUGCGCCCUCUGUUGUUCUCAGGUACAAUAACAUUUCAUUAGUCUAGUUCAGAGGUAUAACUAUAUGCCCUCCAGAUGUUGUGGACUAUAACUCCCAUCAGCCUCGAUUAGUAUAGUCAAUGGGUGUUUUAGUCUGCAACUUGGGGUGUUACCAUGUCGGCUACCCAUGCUCCAGUUGCACUAGUCUAUAGAAUCUGGCUCAAGAUAGUAUCAUUCUGGUCGAACAUUUUGCUGUGCUCAAAAUUUUUUAACCAGGGACAAAGGAAAUACAUGUGCACAUCAUAAGCAAUGAUGCCACUAUCAUACCCUGAAAAAUAAUUGCUGCCUAUAAGAUGAGACUUUUUGAGGCUAGAAUCCCUUCUGGCAUUUGCUUAGCAACCUGCCCAUAAUAGAUUAGUGUUGCAUCUUCAUUUGUGAACAGUAAACUUGUGCUUUCAGUUGCCCUCGAUUAUGACAGAUGGUGAGCAUAAGGGAUGCUGAAAUAAGAUUUCUACUCAGUUGCAAGAAUCUUCUGUGGUCAGAAUAGUUGCACCCCACUUUUCCAAAGCACUGCAGGCAAUCAGCUGUCAUUCGGCUUUAUAUUGUGAAAACAUCAUGUGGGAUUAUAGUACCAGGGACAGACCUCAGUAACAGCACCCUAUGUAAGGCCAAAAUUUGAGAUGCCCUCCCAUCUCCUUCCCAAAGCUGGCUAAGCACUAACUAGGCAUGGGGAAGGAGGUGGGAAGACUCUGGGACCCUGUCAGCUCUCAUGCCUCCUUCCUGAAGCAAGUGCUUACUAGGCUUUGGGAAAGAGGCAGGAAGGCGCCCCCUCAGCUCAGCACCCUGUUCUGGGUAACCGGUUGUGCCACCCUAAAUCCGCCUCUGAUAGUACUAGUUAUACAUCUCUUUUCUCUCUGUCAUUUGGCUUUGGUAUCGCUGUUGACACUUGCCAAGUCAGUACUUGAAGAGCCAAUUUCUUGGCUAAGGAGAUUUGUACGAAGAUGGGAAUUUGUUCUGGCAUUUUUGCUUGUUCAGAUUUUUUACAGCAAUAAAUAGCAGCAUACUGUGCACUUAUGGUAUUUAGUUAUAUAACUGAAAGACCCGAAUGGCCUACCUUUGCAAUGUUUUGGUAUCUUGAUAUUCUGGAGAGGAAUAGUUCAAUGCUGUGGGGUUCUGUCGUACACAAAGUGUUUAUUAGAAAAAGUAGGCUUCUUUAUUUGUCAAAUGUUUUUUAAAAAGAUGACACCUUUGAGAACCUCUGACAAGCUUCUGAAAUGUUGUCACAGGGAGCCUCCAUAAGCCAAAUGCUUUUGUUGUUGUUUAGUCGUUUAGUCGUGUCCGACUCUUCAUGACUCCAUGGACCAGAGCACGCCUGUCUUCCACUGCCUCCCGCAGCUUGGUCAAACUCAUGUUCAUAGCUUCGAGAACACUAUCCAACCAUCUCGUCUUCUGUCGUCCUCUUCUCCUUGUGCCCUCAAUCCCCUCCAUAUCCCACUGUCUCCUCCAUCUACAAGAAUGAGAGAGAGAAGGCAUCAAAGCCUUCCCUAAAAAGGACAAAUUAAACAUUUUUGUUUGCUCAAGGUUAUUUGAGUAUGCAGCUUUGGCAUAUUUAUGAAGAGGUUAUACACAUCACUGAUAAUGAUACCAUCAAAAGGCAGUGGGAACACCAGUCUUAACAGCUGUCCUUUUAAAAGUCUGUUUCUGGACUUUUGUACAGCUGGUUUUAAUCCACUUCUCAUUCGUUGCUUUCAAAGUCUUCCCUUCAGGCUGAGACCUUGGAGCAUAAUGUAGACUUCCUUGUAGAGGUGAUCCCAUCAGUUUUUAGUUCUUUUCAGAACUGUUCAUCUCCAGUGGGGCUUGUAUUCCUUUUUAUUUGGGUCAUUCCUUUGCCUUCUUGCUGUUCUCUCCAUCAACUGCCUUUGCUCUUUAUUCUCUCCCUGUUGCUCUUUCUACACUUUGUGUGUGUGUGUGUGUGUGUGUGUGUGUGUGUGUGUAUUUACUGCCUCCCAUUCAAUUUCCCUCCAAGACUGAGCCCACAGUGUGGGACUUGCAUCCUUUAGAUACGCGGGUGGCAGUGAGUGUUUCAGAAAGCCAGUGCAAGUGCUGUGGUGCGAAUCUUUGGCAAUUGUCCUGGCUGCUAACGUUUUGAGUAGGAUUUGGCUUAUGGGUACAAUAACUUGGCAUUCCAUCUAAGCAAUGUGGCUUGAAAUCAAAACAUUCAUAGAAGGCUUGAGGGAAACACCCCCUCCCCUCCCCACCCCCUACUGAGCCUUUCUUUUCCUUCUGCUGUAAACAACCCUAUAUGGUUACGGAAGCCAUGCUGUAUUCAUGCUCUUUCUCAACAAUGUGUACGAAAUAUGGUGGCCCUAAGCUUUUGUAGCCCGUGCCAAGUGGUGCAACAAGUCUGACUCGUUCCAGCUUUGGUGAGAGCGACUGGGGAACACCUUGUGUGUCUGGAGUUCCUAUCAAAUUUUUGAAUGGAUGUCUUAAUUCUCAGUGAACAGAAGGGCAAUUACUUGGAACCAGUCCAGUGCUGAAGCAUAGGCAAAGAGACAUAAUAUAGGUGCAAUAGCUUAGGUGUAGGCCUAUCUCCCCAGUGAAUCUCCUUAUAAAUGUCACAGUACUGGCUAUACUUCUGGGAGGGAAAAGCUCAACAGAUCUUGAAGUGAGCAUGCUAUUCUUUCCCAUACCUUAUGCAUAAGAAUGUCCAUGUUUACCUGUUAUCAUAAUUUAUAGACACCGGUCCUUCAUUACGCAGUAAUCGCACGGCAGUUUCUAACAUGCUGUACAUCAGUUGUGGGGAACCUUGGCCCUCCAGCUGUUUCUGGACUACAACUCCCAUCAGCUUCCACAGGCAUGGCCAAGGAUGAUGUGAGGUGUAGUUCAGAAACAUCUGGAGGGCCAAAGUUUCCUCACACCUGAAAGAGAAGAAGAGCAGAUCAAAAGCCUUAUCUAGUCCAGCACUCUGUUUCCUACAGUGGAUAACCAAAAAUGUGUCUUGCAAACCCUAUAAGCAGGACAUAUGGGCAAUUGCCCCCUCUCAGUGUAACUCUCAGGCAGAAGGGAAGGCACCUGCAUUUUCCAGAGCUGUUACACUAACAGUCAUAGCUGGCAAGAGUCCCUCACUGUGGAUUAUUAUAGGCAGAUGUCAGCAAGCGUACACGGCAACAAAAGCUUUUGUUUUGCAUACUUUCCCAGGCAAGUUGAGAGAUUUCCAGGGCAUACUUAAAAGGACAUUGAGUCUGAGCUCUUUGGUCACACAUAGAUUUGUAUAAAGGUAUUGCAGUAUGGGCAGUUUCAUUUGUCAAUCCCUUUCCUAGAGAACUCUGACAUGGAGCUUGCCUUUCUCUUUGCAACUACCACACAGCAAUGGGGGAGAAUUCCAAGUCCAUUUGCACUGAAAGGCAAACCCACUUUCUGAAACAAUAUGAAAAUUGAAAUGUCAUCGUUCUUCAAAAUUUGCACUUCUCCAAAUUCUGCAGCGCAGUUCUCCUGCAAAGUAAUGUGCACAGAAAUGCAUAUACUGGGGUAAAGUGUCCAUAAAAAUGAAUUUAUUUCAGGGGGAAAUGCCUUGCAAAAAUGUGUAUAUCAGGCAAAAUUACAUACAGAAGUCUACAUCAGGAGAAUUUUGCACUAAAAUGCUGGUGAAUUUUCAAGAUAUUUUUUUUCCAGUUCACAAAUUGAUGUGGAAAUAUGGAGAACUGAGCUUCAGAUUGGAAAGUUGAUAACCUGAGAGAAACAAUAAUUGGCAGAUAUACCCAUACUUAGACCACAUACUGACUUGACGUUUUCACUUCUCUAACCGCUAUGACCUCAAUAUCUCUUUACUGGAUGGUCACUACAAGUUCAGGCCCCAUCAGUGUAUAUAUGUGAAAUUAGGAUUAUUAUUAUUUUGGCUCAAUGUAUGCCACUUUACACUUGCACUCAACAGCAUUUUCCAUUUCACUGGCCACUUACGCAGUUUGAAGAGAUGCUUUUGGAGCGCUUUGCAGUCUAUUUUAUCAUUCAUCUAUGUCCUUGAGGAGGAGUGGGCAACUUUUUUCUGCCAAGGGCCACACUCUUUUGUGGGUAAUCUGUUGAGGGCCACAUAUCAGAAGUGGGGGCAGAGCCAAAGGUGGAUUGAACCACUCCCACCACUCCUCUCUCUCUCUCUCUCUCUCUCUCUCUCUCUCUCUCUCUCUCUUCUUGCACCAUGUUAUUCACCUGCCCACUCGCUUUGUAGACUAAUGGGGUGAAGACUCCAGAAAAGGGGGAGUCAUGCUAACUGUUAGACACAUUAAUGUGUUUGAAAUCUCAGCCAUACAAGUAAUACAUAUUUUUCUUUUUCUUUUUUUUUAAAUAUUUUAUUAAGGAUUUUCUUGUUUUACAGAAGUGUAGUGCCUCGUAUUUUUUUUUUCAUGUAACAUUUUUACAAAUCCGUUUCAUUUGUUGAGGCAUUAGGGGGAGAAGAAAAAAGAAAGAAAAGGGGGGUGGAGAGAGGGAAGAUGGAUGGGGGUGGGGUCGGGUGGCGGUGUUUCUAUUAUGUUUAAUGUAUGUAGAGUUUGGUGUCAGCGUUGCUUGUGUUGUUCACUUGUGUUCCUUUGGUGGUGAGAGAGGUUGGGGUUGGCCUAGGGUGUGAUUGUUUGCUUGUGAUUGGCUGUGGUGAUCUUUGUUUUCGUGUGUGAGUGAGGUGGGUGGGUGUUUUGGAUCAGGUUAGCCAUAUUGAUUUGUAUGCUGUUGGUGGAUUAUUGUCAUUGUCCUGUUGGGCUGUGUAUGUGAUAAAAAGGCCAGUGAUCAUGUGAGCGUUAUGCCAUGGUGUAGCUGCUUGUGUGCUCAUACAGGAGGGGAAACCACAGGAGCCUUUACUCCAACCAAUUUGCAGCGUUGCUAAUGUAGAACAAACCUUUACUAAUUUACACUAUGCGCUAUUCUUCCUUCACAUGCAAUGUGCUUCUCUGCUGGGAAGCAGCUGUCCUCAACUUCCUCCCUUCUUUGCCAUAUCUCAGAAGGAAUCCCCCAUUCCUAGUGCAGAGAGCUCCCCUCCCUCACCAGUGGGUAAUGUUCCCUCUUAUCAGGCUUGUGCAUAUAUAAACCACGUUUCCUUUCUGUUUUUGUCAGAUAACAUGGAACAAUCCAGCCCUUCAGAGGGUCAAAUGUUUUCCUUGCAGGUUUCUCCAAAAACUUGGCUUUUAAAAAAAAUCUGUUUAAAUGCUGACUUAAUUGAGAGUCCCAGAUGGUUGCAUGAAUGGCAAAUAAUCAACACUUUUUACUGUCCUUAAUGAGACUAAAUGAAUGCAGUGCUGUGGCUAGUUACAUAUGAGCAGAGCCGUAGCUAGGUGAUCUUGCGCCCCUGGCAGAACCGUCCAGCUUCCGCCUCCUAGCUAUGGACAAAUAAGCUCUUUCCACCACUUCUCCAACCCCACCCCCCAUUCAAUUCACCCUCUAUUUAAAACCUUUUCUUAGGAGGCAAUAAUCAAUAUUUUUAUUUAUGGACAAAAUUUUAGCAGAUUUUGCGCCCCCCCCCGUCUGUGCCCCUGGCAGGGGCCCACCUCACCACCCGCUAGCUACGGCCCUACAUAUGAGUCAUGGGGCCCAGGCACAAAUUGGCUUUUGAGCAAAUAAAGAUGGCUAGCUAGUCAUCCUUAUUUGGUCAGAAGUAAUUAGCUGAGAAGCUAAUGCAAAGGAGCUGAGGCUCAUCCUCUACACACACACACACACACACACACACACACACACACACCAGAUUCACCCUAUCCCUGAAUGAAUGCAGUUCCAUCUACACAGUACUAAUGUCUACAUCAUGACAACCUUGUCAUUAUUUUAGCCUCACAGUCACCUGGCAAGGUAGAUUAGGCUGAUAGAGAUGGUGACUGGACCAAGGCCUGCACCAUGCUCCUGUGUGUAAGAUUAGUUAAGAGAUGUCCUCCAACUGCUUGCUAAUAUUUGUGCAAUAUCUGGCGCAAUAUCCAGUAGAUGCUAUUACACAGGCACAUUCCACAAAGCAUCCACAAGCGCAGCUUCCCUUCAUGAUACAAACAGAUGGUGUCAGGGGAAGAUGCUGUAUUAUUAUCAUUAUCAUUAUCAUUAUCAUUAUUAAUAUACUGUCUUAUACCCAGAGGUCUCAGGGCAGUUCACAGAGCAAAAUCAAAAUAUAAAACCACAAAAUAUAUAGUCAAAAUAAAGACAACAAUCCAAUAACCACCACCCCAAAAAACCCCACAUUUUAAAAGGGCAUAGGGUGUUAAUCAAAUCAGUUAACUGGCGUAUCCUGCAACUGAAGCACAGUCUAGAGGAAAUGUGCAGAGAAAGUAUACAAUCAAGGAGAAACAAAUAUGUGUCCGUCCUCCAUUUGCCUAGUAAAACUGCUUUGCAGAAAAGCCCUAGAACUAUAAGCAGGACUGUGUACUGGUCUAGCACAAACACAUUUGGGACUACGUUUAUUAUUUAUAUCCCUGUUUGCAUUUUGAAAGCCCAAGUAAAGGAGUGGUCAUAAAGUAGCUGCAAGCAUGAGGCUGUGUAACAAGAGAAUAAUUAGACACAACUAUUCGUCUAUCAGGCUCAGUGUGGUCUACACUGAUUGGCAGCAGCUCUCCAUGGUUUCACACUUGCCCAGCCGUACCAGGAGCUGUUGGGGAUUGAACGUGAGACCUUCUGCAUGCAACAAAGACCCUCUGCCACUGGGAUACAGCUGUUCCCAGGAUUUGCAAGACUCCUGGAGGAUUCUGUUAAGUUCAUGUGUCUUGACAACUUACACCUGACUAUUCUCUCUGGCCACUUUCCAAUCUCUUGUGUUUUAUAAUGGGUGUGACUUUUCCUGUUUGACGUCCUCGCACACUUCUGGGAAAAGGAUACAAAAACAAGAAAAAUGCUUGGCACACUUGAUGCUUGCUGGUCUUGAGAUCGCAAGCCAAUGAAGGAUCUUGUGGGCAAGGGAAGACUAUUCCAAGUCUAAAUAUCUCAUGUCAUUAUUCGUGGGAAAUACUGGUGACAUAUUUAAUCUGCCUUAUUUAUGUUUCACAGCUUCAGGCAGGCCUUGUACUACUUCUGUCAUGUCCCAGCCCAUAAAAUACCUUCUUUGAUAGAUGGCUGACAAGGAGUUGAAAAGGGGUUGUCCCAUGGAAGCUAUGAGAUACUGUCGGUGUCUCAUUGCUGAGCAGCAACGUGCAGAGCUCAGUGGAGUGGGAGGCCAGCCAACCAGAAGAGUCUCUGAGCUGCACUUGCCUGGAGGCAGAGUCAGCAUCCAAGGUCAGGUCCAGUCCUAGGGUCGGGCAAACAGCAAUCUGCAUAGUCAGACGGUUCAGGAGUCAGGAAAUCCAAUGAUCAUGGGGUCAAGGGUCAAGACGAACAGGAAGCAGGAAGGUAGGGCCAAGAACUACAGGCAUUGUUAGCAGCACCUGACUGCUGCUGGAAGCUCUGCUUAAGAAGGCUGAAGCCAGCUGGUUCUCAUCAGUGCCUUCUCCUCUGUGUCCUUGCAGGCUGAUCAGCUGCAGGUGGAGUCACUCCGCCUUCUUCCCCUUCAGGUUGCUGUUCAGUAGGCAAAGCUGACUCCUGGCCCAUGGCAUCCACAAUAUUGCCUAGGCCACAUUUUUCCAGGGGCUGGGGGAACAGAACCUUUUAUCUAACCCUCUCUGAGAUAAUACAAGAAUACCAUGCACACAGGUGGUGUAGUGACAAUAAAGGUUUAUUAUUAUUUAUUAUUAUCUUUAAAAGACACUCUGAAGAUCCUGAAACCAAAUGUGAUCAGAGAAUGACUUGAUUUAUUGAUUCAUUUAAAGCAUUUGCUGUCUUCAGUCCAGAAAGGAUUUUCAGAAUGCUUGACAGGAGGAUCUAAAAUAUAUAUAUGCAUACAGUUUAGCAACCCAGCACAAAAAGCCCAUUUCUUUUAUUCUGCUGCACCAUCAUUUUUCGAAACAGCAACUAAUGUGACUUCUAUUUGUUUCUGUGCACAAUCUAAAGUGCUUGUUUUGGCACGUAAUAUUUCGAAUUAGGAUCCAGGUAUUGAAAACUUGCUCCCAUAUGAACAGGGCUUCCCCCCCCCCCCCAGUUUCGGCACCUCUCUGAUGGGUGCCCUUACCAUUCUGAGAGAACGAGGGAUGUGUUUAUGGUGAGUUCCUGCACCUCUUUUUCUAGAGAAUAGCAUACAGACCUCCUUAUUCACUGUUGGCCUGUUACUGUGGGGCCAUUAGAAAUCUGGCCAGUGGAAAUCCGAGAGCAAGCCAUUUCCGUAGUGCAUGCUGAACACCACCCCCAGUGCCAGGAAUCCAUGUGGUUAACCAUGUGGUGCUUAAUUAAUAGUAUUUGUGUGUUUUCAGCUGUUAGCUCCUGUCAGGUAUUCUACUGUUUAGUUGUGUUUUUAGACACUUUUAGACACUUGUAUUGUGUUUAUUUGAAGUCAGGGCUUGGGGAACCUGUGGCACUCCAGAUGUCUCCCAUCAUCCCUGAUCAUUGGCUAUGCUGGCUGGGGAUUAUGGGAGUUGGAGUCCAACAACAUCUGCAGUCUAGCUUUGGAAUAUCCUCCCCCUGGUGCCACAGGUUUCCUCACGCUUGUCUCGGGUGCCACAGAUUCCCACCUUGGGAAUAUUAAUUGAAAGGUGGGCUACAGAUGUUUAAAAGAAGUCCUUGUUUUUGUUUGAAUUGUGUGUGUUCUUUUUUCAGGUGAUGAGCUGGAGUACAUCAGGCCCAACCUGUACCGGAACGUGGCACGGCAGCUAAACAUCUUGUUGCACUCGGAAACCGUGGUAACAGAUGCCUUCCUGGCAGUGGCGACUCAGAUCUUUACUUCAGGUGCUGUCCUGCAAUCCACAGUGUGGGUGAGGGAAGGAGAGGGAUGAGAAAUGAAACAAAGCUAGGUGUGUAAGCACAGGCAUGUUUCGGGUGAGCCUUUGGGUGGGGCCCACUUGGCAGAGGAUGCUGGCUGUAAGUGGUUUGGCAGUGGAUGCUGCACUAAUGAUUUAACACAAAGCCAUGUUUGUUUACUCUUUCCUCCUAUAUCUCACCAGGUGAGGAGAUGCUGUAGCCACUCCCCAGUUCUCUCCUCCCAGCAGGGGAAUCCCUUGCUUUUGAGCUCGAUCUCACUACACUCCCAGCAGUGACUGACUUUGUUACAUUAAAAAUACCUUUCUGUUUUUCUAGUUUCUUCCUCUUUUUGACUCUUGGGAUUGGACACAUUAAUGGCUGCCAAGUUACUGCUUCAGUCUGGGGUACAACUGUGCACAAAUGACUUUCCAAAAUUCUCUGCCCUCAAAGUGAGCAGAGGAAUUGGGAUGACAUGGACAUAAUUUUACCAUAUUUGUCUUGCGAGAGGAAUAAUUCUCUGACUGUUUCUCAUAGCUAGGGCUUACUAUUAUCGGUAGUGGUAACACAGUUUCUUUAUUUUACCCUAAAGGGAUGUCACUCUUAUCCAUAAGAUCGAACCCUCUAUUUUGUUUGUUUUAAUUCCUGUUUUUGUUUGUGUAUGCUUUUAUUUUAUUGUUUUACAGUUUUGAUUAUAUUGUUUAUUGCUUUUAUAUUGUGCAUUAACUUAAAAAAUAACUUAAUAAAUUAACUUUAAAAAAUAAGUAGCUUAUAACAGCUACUAAAUAAAUAAAUUAAAUAAUUUGGGGCUGCCCAAAGCUUAUUUUGGCAUGCAGAUUCCCAUUUUAUUUAGGUAUGCAUUUAUUUUAUUUAAGGCAUUUAUAUGUUGCUUAAUCAUGCCUGGUUGGUCACUGUGAGAACAGGAUGCUGGACUAGAUGAGCCUCCUUUGGCCUGACCCAGCAUGGCUCCUCUUAUGUUCUUAUUAGUAUUUCCACCUGUCAAUUCAUAUUUCCAAUUAUUUGAAGGGAGUGACUUUUGUUAAAAAGAAAACAUUGAACCAGCACUGCCUCACUCUGGGUAUGGUGGCAAUGGGUUUGGAGUUGCUUAAAGCUUAUUCGGGGCUGGAAGCAUCGUGUGUCCAAACACAUUGUAUGAAAGCAAUGCUUUUGGAGAGAACACUGCUGCACUUGAAGGGGCCAGUUGCAUAUUGAAGUAUAUCAUGGGUAAAGUAAAGGUAAAGGGAUGCCUGGCCGACUCUGGGGUUGCGGCACUCAUCUCUCUUUAUUGGCCGAGGGAGCCGGCGUACAGCUUCCGGAUCAUGUGGCCAGCAUGACUAAGCCGCUUCUGGCGAACCAGAGCAGUGCACAGAAACACUGUUUACCUUCCCACAGGAAGGUACCUAUUUAUCUACUUGCACUUUGACGAGCUUUCGAACUGCUAGGUUGGCAGGAGCAGGGACCAAGCAAUGGGAGCUCACCCCGUCGUGGGGAUUCGAACCGCUGACCUUCUGAUCAGCAAGUCCUAGGCUCUAUGGUUUAACCCACAGCGCCACCCGCGUCCCUUUAUAGUGGGUAGCCCAAUGCAUAUUGUGGGGUGUAGUGCACAUAAGCGAUUCCUUGUUAAUGGAUACAUGGACAGCUCUGAAGUAAGACAGUAGAAAUAUGCUCCAACCCUGUUACUUCCUGUUGCUAUCCCACCUCCAAUAGUUGACAGACCAGGGGAAUGUUCCAGGAAUCUCUUCCCACCUGCUGGGCAAUUCAGAGCCAUCCGCUGAAUGUGUUCUGAGCAGAAAUGAAAGAUGCAGUAGUCAUUCAAAACAAACACUCUUGAUUCAGGCUUAUUUUCCAUUCUCUGGUACAAAACACACUGACUCCUAGAAAUGACUAGUAUAUCCCACCUCAUUUGUAGUUAGUAGGGUGACCAGGGGUAAAUGAGGACAGGAUUGUUGCACCCUUAAGAGCUGUGUAGCAGAGGGAAUUUCAGCAAGUGACAGAAGAGGUGCUUUCUUCUAUAUAUUAUUAAAGACUGAGAAGCUCAGAACUCUUUUGCAUUGGGCAACCCUAGCUGUGAAUCAAACGCGACCCAUCUAGGCCUUUAAGAGCUGCUAGAUGGAAUCAAAUCAAUGUCAUUUUUCUGAGGAGAUGGUGGAGGCUUUGCUGGUAAAAUGCAAGCAACAGUUAAACUUAAAUGUUAAAAGUAGCAAAAUAAAGAGCUUCAGUCGUGCCUCACCCAGACAUUCCACUCUUCGAAGAAGAAAAAUCAAUGCCAGAUCCAGCAAUUAAGGAUAGAAAGCAGCUGUAGUGAGCGCUUUCAGAAAUUGGACUUCAAUGUUAAAAUUCUGCACUAAUGAGAUGUUUGAUUUAGCACGCGCACGCACGCACACACACACACACACACACACUGCAAAUAAAAUAAAAACUGCUUUUCUUCCAGAAAAUGGUUGUAUGGGUAAAAUUACAGUGCAUAUUACUUUGCAUAUUUAUUCAGAAGUAAAUCCCACUGUGUUCAGCUGGGCUUGCUCCUAGUUAAGUUGUUCUCUCCCUCCUGGUCGAUCGUUUGGGAGCUUCAAAAGCUUUCUUCCGCCCGAACAUCACAGUGACCGAUGCCAACCGACACCAGCACACUUAGGGAUCCACAGAGUUUGUGCAUUUCGCGUGACAGACCUCAGCAACUCAGCAUUUGGGCUAAUCUACUUUAUUUACAUAUAAACACACACGGAGGACUGCAACAUGGCUCCCUCUCUCUCUAGCUUCAGACAGCAAAGAGAAAAAGAACAGAGGACAAUAGUCCCACUUCACGGAACACAGUAACACAAACAUCCUGUCUCCGUCACUUCCCACUCUGUGGAGUCAAAACAUACACCGUCAUGUGAUAGACAACAAUCCCAUGACUGCAGUCAUGCAUCAGGAAUUCUAACAGAUAGAACUGUGGGUUUCAUCUUGCAGGGGGCAUAAAAUUGACCAAGAUGGUGACUUUUCAGAUGGGAGAGGUUUUUACUCUGGUUCAAAACUGGAUACAAAACACAUGCAUGUUGUGUCAGAUACAAAGUGUAUGUUACAUACAUGUCCUUUCUUUUUGGGCAUGUGAAGAAGUUUCUUGAUUACUCAUUCUGGUGUUUAAAGGGUUGAGGAUUGAAAAAUAUACAUUUGUUUACUUCACAUAGGAUGAGUUUAUGGUCCUUUGGCUGAUUUCUGCUCUGUUGUCCACAUAACUUCCUUUCAACUGCACCUGCUGUGCUCUAUCACAGUACAGUCAUCAUCACCACCAUUAUUUUAUUUGUAUGCUGUCUUUCCAUAGUUGAAACUAUGCUCAAGGCAGCUCACAACAUGACAAGAUUUACAUAAUUACAAAAAUAACAGAAGUCAUAAACAAGAAAUAAAACACAUCAAAAAGUACACAACCAAAUGGAAACAAUUUCCAUGUAAAUCAUAAGAUCUAAAACUAAAGAUACAACAAGAGUAUAAAUAACAGCAACAGCUCUCUCUCACACACACCCCGUAAACAGUACUCCAGCCCAAGAAUCUGUUCAACAGCUUCAGCUUUUGUAGCUGGAGUCAGUCAGCACUCCACUCUCCCAGGCCAGAUGGGAAAGGGCCAGCAAGGCAGGGUUCAGGUCUUCCAGGGUGCACAGCCAAGAUGGUCUCAUUUAAAACAACACAGAUAAAAAUUAAAAACAAUUUAAAAGAUCUGGAAGCCAAACAUCUAAUGGGGCUUCUGAUUGGCUGCAGGAGCAGCCAAUCAGAAGCAGCACUUUGGUUUUGGAAGUUGAACGGACUUCCAAGGUACAAUUGUACAGCUAAUCUGCUAGAUUUAUUUAAAGCAUUAUUGCCUUGCAGUUUAGCUGCAAGUCUUCUAGAUGGUGAUUCUUGAAAAAAUAUGAGUUACCUUGUGGUGCUAUGCAAGGAAGGAACUAGAAAAUAAAACGCUACAUCCGUUACGCUUAGUCUGAAUCCAGAUAAUUAUUUUCUAUGCCUCUGAAUCCAACCGGCAGAAUCAUUGCUUUGGGCAAGGAACUAGAAACUAUGAGCAAGAGAGUGUCCCUAUUCAGCUCUCCAACUAGCAACAACAAAUGCUUUUAACAUGCUUUCAGCCACCCCAGAUAUAUGGGUGUUGUUUAAAAGAAGAAAACUGAUCUUUCUUUUCUUUUUCUGCCUCUUUCAAUACAUGUUAAAUACAUAGAGCUAUGACUUCAAAAACACACUGAUGAUUUUGACUACAAGGUCAAGAGUGGCGACAGCCCUCUUCCUGUGUUUGUGCUAUAAAUCUCAAAUAUUGGGCUUGAUUUCAAACAUCCAAUGAAUGUCUGUGGGAGCUGCUUGCGUUGGAGUCCACAAAACUUUGGGUAAGGUUUUUGUUUAGUCUGGUCAGUCUUAAAACUGGCCAUGUUGUUCAUGCUGCUGCUGAAUGAGAGCUUUCGCUGUGUGAAAGGACUCUCAACACAAUAAAGCAAACUUCUUCAAAGCAGUUGGCCUAACUUAGCCCAGAGGAAAAGGCUUUUAAGUGGGUGCUUUUAGACAGCUGUGUAUUGUGCCCUUGGGCAAGACAGAAAUAGAAGCUGCCUGUCAUGGUCCAAGGUUGUGCCAGGAACUGCCUCAGUCAUCACUUGUGAUGGAGGCUACUACUACUCCAUCCAGUUGUCAGGUGAAAUCUGGGCCUAAGGUGACCAUGUUUCCUACUUGGGUCCUUUACUGGAAGGGCUUUUAGAGAACAGUUCUCUGUUUGAAGCUGCCCUUUGGUUGAAGGGCUGAGCAAUUUAAAGAUAAAUAAUCCUAAAAAGGGAGCAGGAGGCUUGAAAUUGUCCAUUAACAGUUAGUUCCUGGAAGACAAGAGUGAAUAGGCAUCAGGUGCACUAGGCAAGGGCAUAUCUGUUAAUUUUGGUUUGUCUCAAUUUCUCAUUUCCUCAAUCUUAAAUUCAAAUCUCCACAUCAAUUUGUGAUUUAAAAAAAAGUCUUUAUGAAACUUUGUCAGAAUUUUAAUUCAAAUUUUUUUAUUCUUUUUUUUUGCAAUUUUGCCAAAUAUACAGAUUUUAGCAAAGUGAUUUCCCUUAAUAUAAUGCUUUUUGUAUGUUAGUUUCACUAAUAUAAACAUUUUAAUGCAUGCUUUCCCCUAGUAUACAUAUUUUUGUGCACAAUAUUUGGCUGGACUGCAUUGCAAAAUUCAGAGAAGUGUGAAUUUCAAAGGAUGGUUAUGUUUUGAUUUGUUUAUUACUUUGGAAAAUGCAAAUUAGGUAGGUUCUCUUUAGAUGUGAAUGAUAUCAAAUUUCUCCCCCAUCCUGGUCAUGGCCUGCCUCUCUAUAGUGAGAUGCCUUUUUCUUUAAAUUAAAGUAUUUCCCCUAAAUUUGAAUCUGAAUAUAAUAAAUUCAAAUAUGCAAAUUGAAAAUUUGAUGCAAAUCUGUGUCCCGUUGUCUUCUUCUUUUGGGUGGUGCAUUCCCUCUUUUGCAGCAAACCACACAUGCCCCCGGACCAUGCCAGGUAAUACUAAUGCUGGAUUUAGCAAGCUCUAGUUCUUAAUUCAGGCACUGUCUGCCAUGAAUAGCAAGAAGGCAUGGUCAAAGUAUGCAUGCUUUGUCUGUAUAACGUUUGUUCCCUUUCUUAUAAACCCACAAGCAACCCCCUUUUCGUAAUCCAAGAGAGAAAUUAGAUUGAGUUCAUAUUUAAUGGCAAAUCAAUCUAAUUUGAACUUUCUGAAACAACAUGGCAGCCUUCGAAAUUCACAUUCCUCAAAAAUCUGGAACACAGGAGCCAGACAUUUGCGGGGUGGGGUGGGGGGGAGAGAAUUGUAAACUGAUGUGGAAAUGAGAACUAAAUUUAACUUUGAGAAAAAUAAUCUGAGAGUCACCGAAAUUGGCAGAUUCACCCAUCUCUAAAUACAACUCAUGAGAAGUUUGUUUGGGGGUCUGAAUGGAGAGCUGUGUACUUUGAUAAUGAAGUUGGUAGACUUAUUUGUUUAGCUAAGGGAAAUGUGGUUUUCUGAGCUUGGAGACAGACCAGAUACUUACCCUCACAUGGCUUCCUGGCUGUUUUCCAGUACCUGGGAGGCCAGGGCAGGUGGUCUCCCUCCAGAUUAUUCACAUUUGUUCUCUCUUCUGUGCUGUGCAGUAUAUUUACAUAUCUUGGCUUCACAGCUGGCUUCCAUCUGGCAUCUUUUAAAGCAGAAGAAGAGACAGCUUUUUUUGGUAUUGCUUGCCAGCUUUGAAACAGAUAUUUGUUUUUAAAUUCAGCUCUGCGAUGUGGAGAUGCAUAGGGACAGCCCUCCCUCCUGCUGGUUUCUCCCCUCUGGUUUAUUCCUCGCUUGCUUUUAUUAGGAUAACACAUACGUAAAUAUAAAUAAGUGGUGGUAUUCUUAAGUGUCUCUGGAAAUAACAGUUGUCUCUUGCCCAACUGGAUUCUGAAUUGGUGGCAAUCUUUUUUAAUUGGAUGUGGAUUGGUGCCUCUUGCUGUUUGUGGGCAGGCAAGAGCGGGAGGGGUUCAAAGGAACAGGCAAGCUGUCUAUGUCACAUCUGUGAGCUCCCAAAUGCUGGUCAGACGCUGCCCUUGUACUGCAGAGUGUUGUAAAAUGGAGGAAAGUUGUUCAUGAUAAUAGUAGGCAUAAACAGAAUGGGAAAUUGUCUUGCCUGCUGUUAUGUACUGAGUUGAAUAGGAUCCAAACUGCAGCAGUCUGAUUGGUCCUAGAACAAUAGGGUUCAGAAUGCAGCAGUCUGAUUGGUCCUAGAACAAUGCAGCAGUAUGAUUGGUCGGCAGGAGCCACCCAAUCCAGCUCCAGAUAGAAGUGACUCCACAACCUGAUUGGCCUACAGGAGAAUUCCGGAAUUAGCUAAUCACAUGCAGCCCAUUGUGUAAAUCAUGUAUAUAAAGCAGAUACUUUGAGGGGACUUUCAUUCCCUCCUCACCACUAUGAGCUGAAUAAAGAGCAUGAAAUCCACUCUCGACUCUGAGUAUAUUUCACCUGCGUUAGCUAUCAGAAACAAUGGGGCUGUGGCACCUUAAAAGACUUAGCACAUCUAUUAUGGCAUAAGCUGCCAUAGACUAGAGUUUGUUUCAUCAGGUGUAGCUGAUCAAGUGGACUAUCGCCCACUGGUCCCCAAACUGUUUUGUUUGCCUCCAUGAACCACUUGAAAACUGGUGAAGGUCUUGGUGAACCACUUAAUGAUUUUUCUGCCUGUUGUAGUGUUUGUUAUGCACUGUGCUUUAUAAUUUUCCAUAGAAUUCAAAUUGAAGCACAAUGAAAUACAAUAUAAGAAAUAAAAGAAUCAACAAAAACACAAUUAAAAUGAACAGGAAUAUGUAAUGUGAUGGAUGUGCCAUCUCUUGUCUUCAACCACAAAUCCACAGACUCGCCAUGGAGCAACAAAAUGAAGCUCACAGACAGGGGUGCCAACUUGAAUAAAAUAUUGGGGGGCCCAGGUAAGCUGUGUCCUGCAUAAUUGAUCACAAGACACGGUGUGCACACUAUUUGAAUGGCAAUGACCGUCAACUUAGAGGGGGCAGCUCCCUCAAAUGUUUUAUUGGGGGGGGCGAAGGGACCUUGGCCACUAUGAGUUGACUCCUAUGCUCCCAGACCACUGAUGGUCUGUGGACCACAAUUUGGAAACCUCUGCUCUAGUCCCUUAAAGUGUUUGUCACAAUAACUUGUUGGUAGCGAUGCUUGAGGAUUUCAUUUAGUCUGCAUUUUAAAGCAAAUUGACCAGAUUCACAUGGCCUUCUUGACUUCUUUAGAUUUUGUAUUCACAAAUGUUGUGAAUUUUCAUUCCUUAAAAAAAAAAAAACUUACAGCAAGAACCAGGAACUUGGAUUCUGCUUACAGGACCAUGUCAUCAGAGACCUCUCUUUUGUCUUCUCUUGUUGUGAAAGCACAGCAGCAGUCUUGAGCCCCAGUCCUCAGUCCACUUAAUCAGAAACAAGUCCCACAGAUUUAAGUGAAGCUUACUCCAAGUACAUAUUUAUGGGAUCAUAAUGUUUGGUUAAAUAAUUUUAUUGUAAUUUUUAAAAAUUGAAUGCUGUUAUGGAGGCUCUGCUGAAAACCAGUCUGUAAACCUUACUUUUUUUAAAUCUAAAAUAAAGAACAGGUGCACACUCUGUAAAAGGAAUGGGUGCUGCUUAUAUUUAAGAGGAUAAAAUGAGCUGUUCUGCAUUUGAAAACAAACACAGCUGCCUUGAGGCUGCUCAAAAGAACCCUUCUGCUUUUGUGAGCUCGUUCUUUUGAGCAGCCUUCAAAAAUGAAUAUAAAUAUUUCAUGGAUUAAAGAUAUAUUUUGGAAACACAUUGGGAACACCCAACCUGCGUAGCUAUCUUUGUUUGGUUUCUUGACAGCAGCAGUAGACGGUCUUCUCCAAACCGGUGCCCUCCAGAUGUUUGGAACUGCAACUCCCAACAGCUCCAACCUGCAUGGCCAAUGAUCAGGGAUGAGGGAGGAGGGCACUUCAUACUAGCUCUAGUACGAAUGGUUGGAAUUGCCCCCUGAGGGCACUUCUGUCUAGCUGGUGCACAUUUCUGAACAGGAAGCUCUGCUGCAGGCCAGAUUAACUGGCUGAUCAGCAUUCCACUCUCUUGCUACAUACUGCACCUCAUUCACUAUUGCUGAGUGUAGGCAGUAGAUAAUGAGAAAAACUGAUAAUAUCUUGAAUUUCUGUGUGUUUUUCUACCAAACUAGACAUUGACUAUACAGUAUUCAUACAUCAUACAACAUUUGGGGUAUUUACCUCCCUAGAUCUCUCUUUUUUUUUUGGUAAAAAAACCCAGCUGGGUUUUGUGAGAACACCAAGUUAAUUCGGCUCAAGGAUCUUAUCACCAUAAUCAGAACAGGGCUGAUGACAUUGCUUUGAUCAGAGUGUGUGGUCAAGAACAUCAUGACAUUUUAAAUGCCUCUAUUGUACACUCUCCUUGUAUGGGAGGUUUACCGUGCCUAAAAGAGUUAAGAACGUGGACUUGUGUCCAAGGUGCCUUUUUUGUUUGCUUGUAUGGCCAAGCUAGCUCUGUCUCGUAGCACUUCACAGAGAGGAUAGGAAAUUUCCUAGGUAAGGGUUUGUGCUCCUGGAUUCUCUUGAAUUUAGGAGGAAAAGCCAGCCAGGUGGAUUGUCUAUCAAGCAGCCUGUGCUGGGUUGCACAUCAAUCCUUGCCAGAUGGAUGAGUCAAGGCAGGCUGAUGCUGUCCAUCUUUAUUUAUUUAUAAUUUUCAUUUAUAGCCUUCUCGCUAUCUAAAGAUCUUGAAGCAGUUUGCAAUUGAUAAAAAUGACCUAAAUGUAAUAUAAUCUCCAUAAAAACCAUGUCAGGUGACUUACACAAAAACAAAACAAAUACAUAAAUAGCAUCCAUAUACAUAAACACGAUUAUCAAUAUAAAAAAGUCAGGGAACAUUACGAGCAUAAUGAACAUUAUUCAUACAGCUAUUGGCCCAAUAUCAUUCACCAUUCAUUCCACACAACCACUACAAUCAUUCAUUACCUCAGAUGUUGUCUCUUAUCAACCAACCACUUCAGGGUGCCAGAUGAUGCUAUCCAUUCUCAAAAUUGAGGCCAUCCAGGCAUGUAGCAUUGGAAGGCUCGGGAGGCCAGAGAUUAGUACAUAGUAGAACAUCUGGUUUAAUGGCAUAGUGACUAGAGUUUGGGGCUGGGGUCAGGCCCUUUCUCCCACCAGUUUUGUAACAAUCGUAUGCUGAAAUUCUUCUCCCCUCCCCUUCUUCCUGCAGGCAUAACGUGGGGUAAAGUAGUGUCUCUCUAUGCUGUGGCAGCAGGCCUUGCUGUGGACUGUGUAAGACACGCCCAGCCAGCCAUGGUCCAUACCAUUGUGGAUUGCCUGGGAGAAUUUGUACGCAAGACUUUGGUGACGUGGAUGAAGAGGAGAGGAGGCUGGGUAAGCUUUUCUAAAGAGCGAAUGUGCAAGUUACGGACACAUUACUGACAUGAAUAAAAACAGAAUGGUCUCAUGAGCUACCGGUAGGUACAAUGCCUUAUAAACACCAUCUCCAACUCCUCAAAAGAUUCCAUCAACGGUGUCUCCGAAAAGUUUUACACAUCACUUGGGAAGACAGGCAAACUAAUAUCAGUGUACUGGAAGAAGCAAAGAACACCAGUGUUGAAGCAGUGAUUCUUUAACAUCAACUUCAUUGGACUGGUCAUGUUGUGCGGAUGCCUGAUGAUCGUCUUCCAAAGCAACUACUCUAUUCCUAACUUAAAAAUGGAAAGCGUAAUGCUGGUGGUCAACAAAAGAGGUUUAAAGACUGUCUCAAGGCAAAUCUUUAAAAAUGUAGUAUAAACACUGACAACUGGGAAACACUGGCCUGUGAGCGCUCCAGUUGGAGAACAGCCUUUACCAAAGGUGUCAUGGGCUUUGAAGACACUCGAACUCAGGAUGCAAGGGAGAAAUGUGCUAAUAGGAAGGCAUGCUUGGCAAAUCCACACCAUGAUCAACUCCUGCCCGGAAACCAGUGUUCCCACUGUGGAAGGAUCCAGAAUUGGCCUCCACAGUCACUUAUGGACUCAUUGUUAAAACCAUGUUUAUGGAAGACAAUCUUACUUGGCUACGAGUGAUCACCAAAGAAGAAGAAGAAUGCAGCUAAAUACUGGAUAGAAUUCCCGUUUAUGGAGCUAUGUUUACUUAUUUGAAGCAUUUUUACCCUGCCCUCCUGGAGCAGCAAGAUCAAUAAUAAGCCCUUGCCCUCAUUUUUACAAUCUAAAAGACAUAGCACAAAAGGAAAAAAGGAUGUGUGGAUGGAGGGGUAGAGAGAAGGGAUGAAAAGCAAAUAGGCAUUGGCUGUUCAUUACAAUGACUAGCUGGAAUGGUAGCAGAUCAAGGAGAGGAGGAGCCACAAAUUGCUGGUCGAAUUAGCGAUGUGGGCCUGCUUCUUUUUUCUCCCUAGGCUAUAGCCUGAUGUAAUGGCUGCUGCCAGGGACAUUUGAUGGAGGGAGGAGACAUCUCUCAGCAGAGCUGAUGCUUUACUUUACUCCCUUAGCUAUAGCUUUGCCAAUUCACCUUUGCCCUGCAGUGAUCCUGAUUAUACUAGCUCUACACUCCCAAAGCUUUCCCACUGACCUGCAGCAACCUUGACUAUAUUUGCCAUCAAGCUCCCGGCACAAUUCUACUAACCUCAUUUGCUCCUGACCUGCCAAUACCUUUGCUAUGAAUCCAGUUUUCAUCCCUUCGAGGCGCAUGAGCACAGAAUUGCUUAGGACUGCUGCUGCAUGUGCUAUGAGACAGACAGACACAUCUGCUGCUAAGGAUGUUGAGGGAGGGGGGAGAUGGUCUCCUGGCCAUUUGCUUGAUAUGUGCCCAUGCCCUUCACAUCACACAUUAUGGUUCUUAGCACGUCCAGGCUAAAAAAACUGUAACGUUGAGUGUUAAGUGUCCCUUGCUGUGGGUAUGUUAUUCAGAUCAAGUACAGUGGUACCUCGGGUUAAGUACUUAAUUCGUUCUGGAGGUCCGUUCUUAACCUGAAACUGUUCUUAACCUGAAGCACCACUUUAGCUAAUGGGGCCUCCUGCUGCUGCCACGCCGCCGGAGCACAAUUUCUGUUCUCAUCCUGAAGCAAAGUUCUUAACCUGAAGUAAUAUUUCUGGGUUAGCAGAGUCUGUUACCUGAAGUGUAUGUAACCUGAAGCGUAUGGAACCUGAAGCGAGUACCACUGUAAAUGAAAGAACAAAGCUGAAAACAGGCAGUGACGAUGCUUACUGUAUAAUCUUUACAGGAAGCAUUUUAUUUUAGAAAGGAGGAUGGAAAAGGAUGAUACUGAGAACUUCUGGAAAAGUAAUAUGAUUCAUUUUGUCAGUGUUAAAUGGAUAAAAUGCACAGUGAUUUGGGUCUCAGUACGACUGGGAAACAGAAUGGUGGUGGUAAUUUUGGUGGCUCUAGGGAAAUAUUUUAGGGCUGGUGACCUGCAGAGAAAGGUGGGAAAUCUUCCCAAGCCAUCUGCUAGAAAUAUUUGGAGAACCAUGUGAGAACACAGAUUGUGUGAGUGUGAAACAUUGUAUUGAUGACAGCACAUUUCUGAGUCUCCAUUUUUCUUUUUCUCUCCCCCUAGACCGACAUAACAAAAUGUGUGGUGAAUACUGAUCCCAGCCUUCGCUCCCAUUGGCUUGUGGCUGCUAUUUGUAGUUUUGGCCACUUCCUGAAGGCCAUCUUCUUCGUACUUUUACCGGAAAGAUGACAUCCAAUUGCCUAUUGAAACCAUGUCUCCUUCUCACGGACACAGCUGGCACAGAGAAGGGGAAGAAAUGAGACGAUGAAGAGAGGUGCUGGACAAAUGUACAUUCCACUUGUCUGGCUUUUCCAGCUGCCUCAGUGCAAAGACUUUCCUCAACAAUGGGGAACAUUUCUCCUGAUCACUUCUUACAGCCAAGGGCCCUUUGUGCUUUCUAAGUGGCUGGAAUCAUGUACAUAAGGUUGGGAGGCUAUUGGACUUGCCAUUCAGUUAUUUAUUCUUUUCCUUCCGUUCAAAUUGUGUCACAUGAUGCAUACACACUUAAGAAAUCCUACUUGGAGUUGCUAUUAAGAAGCAAACUGUCCACUUCAUUUGCAAAAUGAUAACGGCUCCUUUGUUUUUUAGUCAGUCAGUAGAUUUCUUCCCAUCUUCCCUAAACCCCUGGCUAAUGUUGUUGUAAGAUGGAUGUUUUCUGUAAUCACCCGAAAUGUGCAGUUGUCUUAAGUCACCAGAGUUCUGUCACCCUCUGCCUGAGAGGGAUUUUCAGCAUGGAUAAUAUAACUACCUGCUGCAUGUUAAAAUUUGCUUACAUGAGAGAAGACCAAAAAUAAAUAAAAACAUUGCCUAAAAAAAAUAAGGGCAGGGCCACAGAUUUUCCACCCUCCAUUUAAGAGGAAGAAAAAUUCAGAGACAUUUAACUGCAGCAACUUUUUGAGUUUUCUCACCACCCUUUCUGUCCCAAAUAUGAAGUUAAUGUGGAAUGCAGGCAAUCCCAUGAGCAUGUUGUAUCUUAUGAGGGGAGCAAAAUGAGACAUCAAUAAAUUGUAUCAACUGCUGUGUGUUU